AUGAUAUUCAUUCAGGUGUUGUUUAAGCUCAAACUCGCUGGAGUGGCAGACCUUGCAGCUUUGGCCUACAUUUUGCAUGCCCUCAACCUUGACAGCAGCCAAUUCCUGUACAUGUGUAUAGUUGCGGGAUGCGAUUUCCUUCCUAACAUCAAAGGUAUUGGAAUUCACCAAGCAAGUCAGGCGAUGACAAGGAGAGACUUCUUCCACGAGCUAGGUAGUCACCGGUAUGCACCUUCAAACUACUGCAAGGGAUUCAAGCAGGCUUGUGCAGUGUUUAAGCACCAGGUGAUUUAUGAUCUUCAAAGCAAACGUGUAAGGUCAUUGACAGCAUGGGAAUCAAAAGAGGAUGAGGCACAAUUUUCUAUGGCUAGUGGAGAGUAUCCUUUACUUAAUAAUUGAUCACCAAUUAUGGAAAAUAGGGACACCUUGGGAAGGGUGGUUACUUGUUUAUUCAAGUAUAGUGUUUUGCUAGGAGUGGGAGGUGCCUUAAAAAUCCUCACAUAAGUCAGAUAAUACCUCUUAUAACCUUUAGAGACGCAAUAAUCUUGGACAUUUGGUUAUCGUGGUUAUUUGUCUGGGAGUUUUGGGAGUUUUAAAGAACUCAUUUGUGUUCAGUGUGAACAAUACUCGACUUAUUUGUUGUAAUCAUGGCAUAAAAACGUACUCCUAUCCUGGAGUGCAGUGCGUAGAAAGAUAUGUGGGGUCAAAAGUUAAAAAUAUGCUGAUCAUUGUGUUUGUGUUAAUAUGUUAAGGCAGAUUAAGUGCUUUGUUCUUAACACAAUCAGAUUUUCUCAAUCUGACUGUGUGGCAGAUUUUGUGGUUGGAAAUAUUGACAUGGUCACCAUGGAAAAGAAAAGCACAUUUCCAACUCACCAGGUGAAAACAUACGCUUGUGUUAAGUUUAUAAGGUUACAUUUUAGAGUACUUAGUUUGGGCAAACACUCUGUUAUUCAUUAGUUAUUUUGUUAUUACUUGACAUGUUUUGGUAGCACAUGCACUUCUUGUUAAAGCUUGCAUAUGAAAUGCAUAAUUAUCAAGGUGUUUCUACAUAAUGAAUUUAUGUUUCCCUUUCGUAUGUGUUGCAGGUCGCUUAAACUUCAACAGACCCACCAUCUGGUGUUUCAGGAAGUGAACAUGAACCACAACUGGAUUCUGAGGUAAGGUCGUGUUUUUUUUUUUUAUUUCAUGUACCUUUUGUCGAUGAAAUUAGCAUUUAAGAUUUCUCCAGUUGUCUUGUUUGGGUUGACUUAUGUCUAUAAGGGAUGCCUUGGUUAUCUUUCCAUUGCUGGUUUGCAUUUCCUCGUACAGGUAAAUUCAUAGCAGAGCUCUCGCGCGCGCAAAGCGCGCGCGCAGCGGAGCACCAUGGGUAAGAAAAUUUGGUAAACUAUCCAACCGAGAAAAUUUGGUUAUGACGUAGCGUACGCCCGCCCGUCCAUACACACACUCUAUGUAAGCCGAUGUCAAAUGUCACAAUAGAUCUUGCACAACUUGACUAGCCUCUUAGUUAUGUAAGCCAACCGUAUCAGUACGUUUAGAUUGACAGCUGUCAAAAUCAGACAUCCGCUGACAAUUAUCACAUGACGAUCUCGCGGGCUCAGAUGAAAGACCAGUCGUUUUGCCCCUACAUAUAAGCUGAUAUAAUAUGUCACACUUACCAAUUCAACAUAAAAACGAAACUACGCCGGGCAUGGCUGUCAGUCGUUUAAAGUUAUAUUGGCAAGCCAAAUUAAGGUCAAUUGACAGCUAUCAAAAUUGGACAUGUACAGACCACUAUCAGAAAACUAAUAAUUAACGUGGGCUCAGGUUCGCUCAGGUACACGAUCUGGCAUUUUCCACUACAUGCCGGACGGAUAUGUCUUACUCACACCAGCAGCCGAUUACUAAGUGAUCGGCUCCUGCUCACACUCGUAGUCUGUUAAUUCGAAUAUUCGCCAUUCUAAUGAACGUUAAUUGACAGCUGUCAAACUAGAGUAUACGCUGACCAUCAUCACCUGAGUGUAUCGCGGGCUCAUUUUUCUAUCCAUUGAGGUCACGUAGUGUUUAAAGUUUGGCGCUGAUAUUUUAUUUGAUCACGGGCUCAAUUCGAAGCCCCAUAGCUUAGAAAAUCUAUCCAUCCUAGAAAAUUCGGCAAUCACGUGAACGUACACCGACUACCCGACCUUCCGUCCGUCCUCACCACAGGCAUACCAAUGUUUAAUCUCACACUUUCUAGCUAGUUUAGGAGCCUGCAACUUGAUAUUGUACAUCCAUGUUUAGAUUCAUUGACAGCUGUCAAAAUAGUGUUUCUGCUAACCAGUAUCGCCUGAACGUAUCGCAGGCUCAGGUAUCGACCCACCGAGUUCGAGUGUUUUUUUAAGGCAUCCGCUGACAAGUUGACACUUUUCAAAUGAUCGCAGGCUCAAGUUCAAUUUUUUUAAAAUGCAUAUGAAUUAAGUCGUGUUCAUGAGCAGCACUUUUAAAAUGUUGAUUUCGAACUGACCACGGAUGCGAAAAUUCAACCGGCUAUUACAUUUACAUGCAGGGAAGGCAAUCGCUUUUGACUUUUCUCACUGUCACGCAUUGAUCACGCUCUACGUCCAAUUCUUAUGUUCUGAUUGGUCAAAAUUUGACAGGUGAGUUCAUGCGGAAAAUUUAUGCAGCAUCUGGAAACUUGCUUACUGAUAGCUGGAGCUGACAGAGUUUUGUGUCAUCUUGUGAUGUUUUAAACUGUCUUUUUCUACUUGGUGUACAAAAUGAAAUACAGCUGCUAUCAAGAUUGUUCUGUAAUUCAUGGCUGGUUUGUUAAUUGCACUUUCUGUUGACAAAUGCACCGCUUGUCAAAGUCAUUGGAAAUCCGAUUUCGGAUGGCAUCGUUUUGCAAAAAAGAGCUUACUCACUUGCCCUUGCUUGAGGCGUAACAGGGUUGAAAAGUCUCAAGUGAUUCUGGAACACUGGAUGACCUUCAGAAGCAGCAUCUCGACUGGUAAGCCCGAGCAAUUAUUGUCUUUGAUGUGUUUUUUUUUCGGUUUCCUGAAGUCGAGCGUAUGGCUUUAAGUUCAUACACGAGCAAUGUUCUAGGUAAAUAAGUAAGUAAUAACUUUAUUUAACCACGGAAUCCUUAUCACUAAAAAGUGGUCUUCUAAAGACCCGCAAAUUCAAAGAAAAGGUUCGGAAGAUUAUUUAGUUAUGAUUUUGGCUGUAAACAGAAAGCUCUGAGCGAUUUUCUUGCCUCAAGUUCAUCUUGAAAAAGAGCAAACACCAGGAGCCGGCUUAAAACAUAAAUAAGCUUAUGCUUACCUGACUCAUGAUUUUCAGAGACACUUUACUCUCAAUACUUCUCUUCGUGAAUGAAAAUUAUUUUCUCUGUACAUGUUACACCGAAUUAUAUUUAUUUUAUUGAUUGUUAGUAGUCCCUCUCGCAAUUUUUAUCCCUGCACCGGCUGUUUCCAGUCGAACAUAAACAUCGCAUGUAGGAAUACUCAAAACGCCGCGCGUGAAUUCUGCGCGUAAAUAUCACUCGCUUUUAAAGAUUACACAUAACAGAACCAUACACAGUUUAAUAAAUAAAGCGCAAUAAAACCUAAACAUAACAAUUUCUCUAUCAUGUUGAAGCGUAAAUGGUAACUCUAUUAACCGCACUGCAAAUUUGGUGGCUGUCAAAAGUGAGAACCCGUCCGGCUGGCCGAAAAGUGAUUUUGGGAAUGUUUUUGAUCGUUUUCAUUAAAAGCCCGUAAUUAUUACCCUCCAUAUCACAUAGGACCAGAUUAUUUUUCUCUAAAAUCACUUAGCCUUUGCCUCAAAAGUCAAAUGAAUGUGCCCUGAUCUGUGGAUUACAAGUUUAUUGUUUGAUUUAAAUUAUGAAUUUAUUAACGGGAGCUUCGCUUUUAGCCCUGGCGAAAUCUAUAUAUUAAGAUAUUGCACCCAAACCAGAAACUCAUAAGGGGUUGAAACGUGUAACUCUCAUAUGUUUGCUUUGUCCGAUGCUCGUGAUUAUUCAUUUUCAAAAGUACCAUAUUUGGAGCGAGAAGAAGAGAUGACUGACCAAUCAAACUUCGUAAACAAGGUGAUGUAAUUUUACUUCAGGUUCACGCGCUCGCUUAAAAAAUGGCCGACAAACGGGGCAAAAACUCCCCAAAGCCGAAAAAGCUUUUAAAGGUUGAAACCAGGAAUCUUACUAAAACACUGAGCAGGAUACUAUUGCCUCACCACCCGGGCCAAACAUAACAUUAUGAAACCCAUUGACAUCCUCGCAACUUCUUGAAGUUGUCACUUCAAACAACGAUGCCUUGUUGACCCUCUGCACAGUAAACAUAUACUGCAAAUAGGCUUUUAACUUGUAUUAAAAGUCUAGAAUAAAUAGUAAAAAAUAUUUUCGAAAUAAAAUUCAUUAGCUGCGUAUCGAAAAGUGUCCAAAACCUGAACCUGACAUCUUGGUAAAAAGUGAUGCGUGUAAUGAAUGUGAGAAGCAUUUAAGCUUAAAUUCAGCUUGGAUGUUGUAGACAAGAUCGUAUUAUGAGCUAAUUUUAUGAAUGAACAAACUCAAAACAAUAGACAGAGAAGCCGUUUCUUGAACAUUUUUAUUCAAAAUCCAAAAAGUUAAUCUUUUAAAGCAGUUCAGAAAACACUAUCUGGAUCGGGGAUCCGUUCACGCAAGUGAAAUCGGCUGAGCACAUGGCAAAAUUCAACACAAAAUCCAUCUCAAAUCGGGGCACAUUCUGUAAUUUUUCGUUAGCGCUGAAGAGAAAAAUUUAUAAAACGUCUAUGAAACAUUUAAAAAUAAAUAAAUUCCUUUUCAAAAACGCAAUUGUCUUGGCCAUAGAGUGCAAAAUGUACCUUAAAAUUCAGCAAAAACUUCACUGCCUUGGUUGCAUUUCAAAACAGACCAUGCGCACCUCGUAAAGAAAACAAGGUUGAAUUUCCUCAAAGGACAAUUUCUUGAUGAAAAGCUUCCCUUCCUCCACAAAAAGAAAGCUGAGCAUUCUUUUGAACUUUCUCUUUCCAUUUUUUGUCUUUUAACGGUGUAUUUUUAACCUUGAAAUGCAGAACUCUUGUCUGAAUACAUCUGCAUGGUGAUCGAGUGGCAGCCAUUUGUUUAAAAUGGUAAUAUGGUAAAAGUGAAUAUUCACGAGAAUUGAACGCGAGUUACACGUUUCAACUCCUUAUUAGUUUCUGCCCAAACUCAAUACAUAUUUAUUCAUCGAGCACUCCUAGGAUAAGUGAACUAAUGUAUUGUUGGUCAUUUAUUUCAUUUCAUAUAAUGUUUCGUGACAUUUUCAGGAGAAGGGGACAUUCCUGAUCCUAUGGAUGUGUAUGAAUAGAUAGAUAGAUAGAUAGAUAGUUUAUUAAUAACCGAUUUGCAACUAAAAGUUGAAUUACACGACUAUUUAGAAAAAAAUGAAAAUAUGUAAUUACAUUAAAAAGACUACAAGUGAUUUAAAACAGCAAAGAAAGACACUAUGUAUAUGUUCUAAAAAAAAUAUAUUUGAGAAUGGGUUAUUGAAGUGGAAGAUCCCUUGUUUUCGAGUGAUGGAAGUUGAAUUCAAAUGUGCUUGGGUCAUCAUUAAUGGACCAGGAAAGAAGAUACUUUUGUCAAAGGGCAGGUCA